CAUGCAGAGCUCGGGCGCAGGGAUGGACCAGCAGCUGGCUCAGCUUGUGGAAGACUUGACCACCUCUGGGGAACCACAGCUGGACCCAAAGAAGAUGAAAGCCCUCAAGAACAUCUGCAGAGGUGUCUACAAGCGAGGGUCAAAAAAUCAAGAGAGUGGCUACGUAGCUGCAGUGGAAGUACCACUUUCUUUUGCUACUCCUUGUGCGACAGUCCUGUUGCCACCUCUGUGGCUCAGACUGCUAAUGCAGCCUGUUAUUAACAGCAGCUGCUUGCAAUUACUGCAGGCUCGAGUCCCACCAGGCCCAAGGUUGACUCAGCCUUCCAUCCUUUAUAAGGGGUUCUGACGAGCACAUCAACCAUGUUUACCACCUGCUGAUGUCCCAGUUAAACCAAGAUCACGCCGAGAUCCGUCUUUCAGCCUUUCAGGUCGUGGAUCAGCUCUUCACUCGCUCGCACCUCUUCCGAACGCUGCUUAUUUCCAACUUCCAAGAAUUCUUGGAGCUGACGGUAGAGACCGACUACGAUCAGCCUCUCCCCCCGCCCACUGACGUAGCCCAGAAGCUUAAAAAAGCCGCCAUUAAAUCUGUACAAGAAUGGCAUGAAAAGUACGGGGAAGCCUACAAGAAGCUUUCCUUGGGAUAUUUCUUCUUAAAACAGAACAAGAAGGUAGAUUUUCAAGAUGUGCAUGCCAGAACAUUAGCAGAAAGAAAAAGAGAUGAAGAAAGGCAAAAACGAUUGGAUAAUAUUUACAAGGAUAAAGCCCAAAAAGUGGAAAAGGAAAUGAAAGAUACAUCUCCAGAAAUCCAGUCUGUGCUGACCGAGCUGGAGAGUUGUUUUCAACUGCUGGUUCCAGAUCCUUUGGCCUUCACCGUGGAUGAGGUUGAAACCACAGAUCGGAGGAGAGGCGAAGGGGGCCAAACAGCCCCCUGUGCUUCGGAACAGGUUGCAAACCAGCAAGGAGCUUUCAGGGAUCAGGAUCAACAGCCCUGUUGUAGCAAGGACCUCCCUGCUGUUUCUCCAGGGCCAAAAACUGAUCGGCGAGAUUCCGAUGGAGAAAUGGAGAAGGCCCACGGUCGAGAAGAUCCCUUAAAGCCCGAAUCGGCUUCUCUCGGCGUUAUGGGGGAUGAGGAUCCCGCAAUGUUUCUUCGCAGCCACGGGCUCGGCUCUUACAAAUACACCCUCAGUCUUGAAGUAUCUUCAGAUGUGAAACUGAGCGAGAAUGAAGACAAUGCAGCCAUCAUAAAUAAUCUUUCGGAUAGUUUUAAACUCAUAACGAAUAAAUAUUUGCCAUUGGUGCAGUCUUGGAUUCAGUUAUUCACCAGGGCUGGGAUAAGUGACGAUCGCCUGAGACAAGCCAUUGACUUUAAAAAUAGAUUGGAGACGGCUUUGGAGAAGACUAAAAAAAUGAACAUUGAUUUUAAAGAGAAGAAAAAGCGGAUGAAAAGUCAAAAUGAGGAUGAGGAUGAGGAUGAAGAUGACUUUGUGGAGGUGCCUGAGAAAGAGGGCUUCGAACCGCACAUCCCCCAUCACCUUCGGGAAGAAUAUGGCCUGGAACCUGAGUUGCCCACCAGGAAAAAUGUGGUAGGGACUGGAAAGAACAAAGCUGCCCCCAAGCCUCGGUUCUCAUCCACAUCCGUAAGAAAGGAGGAGGAGCUGGACCCCACCUGCGCUGCGGCGACCUGGAAAAUGAUCCGAGAUAAACUGCCUAGACUGCCAACUGCAGAGGACAGGGAUUGCAAACCAACAACAUCCAAGGAGGCCAACGGUCAACGCGAAGAAGAGAAAGCCAAAGCUCCCCUGGUACCUUUUGGGCUCGAUCUCUUCUACUGGGGCCAGGAGCAGCCAACGUCUGGAAAAAUUCUCCGGUUUUCCUCUCAGCAUCGCUUCUGGGCACCCAGUGAGGUGGAAGAAGAAGUAGAAAACAAAGAGAUUUCAGAGAUGCUCCAAAGCCGCUACAUCACCUACGCUGGCACCUUUGAACCCGUGAAGCACAAAUGCCGAGCCCCCAUGCCCAGCGGAGGCCUCUGCGAAAGGCAGGAUAGGUUUAAGUGCCCUUUCCAUGGAAAAAUCGUUCCUCGGGAUGAAUUGGGAAACCCUGUGAACCAGGAGGACCGAGAGAGAGAAGCGAAGAUGCAGUUUGAGAAGAAAGAAAAACAGCCAGAAUGGCGAGAUCCCGACUUCAUGAGAGAAGUGGAAGCUGCUACCGGCGUCGAUCUCGGCUCUUCUCAUUUCGACACAAAAGGAAAAGGAGGGAAAAAGAAAGGGAAGACAAAGAAGAAAUACCCCAACCUCACAGACCUAAAGCAGGAGGCGAACACGUCCCGUUCUCGCCUCGGGAAAAGAGUUUUCAACAAAAGCGCAGUGAAACGAGUCAUCAAAGCAAUGAAUCGAAUCGACCAAAGAAAACACGAAAAGUUUGCAAACCAGUUCAACUAUGCACUGAAUUGAACAUCAUCAAGAACAAGGCUAAGGAAAAUCCAUGGCGGUUUUGAGCUUCUUAUACAGCGUCAGUGUUUUUCAAAUGCGGCCAUUUUUAAGAUGGGUGGACUUCAACUCCCAGAAUUUCCCAGCCAGCUGGCUCGGGAAUUCUGGGAGUUGAAGUCCACUCAUCUUAAAAGUUGUAAGUUUGAAAAACACCAGCCAAUAUGUACAAAAACUGAAGGGGCUUCAAUUGAUUGACUAUCGCCCCCUUUUUAAAACUUCUUCCAAGGACACUUCUGUACAAUUCAGUAAUUGUACAUUGAUCGAAAUAGUCUCAUUAAUAUAAGCAUAUAUAUAUAUACACAUAUAUUUUCUGAGAUUUUCGCAGGUGUUUGUAUGUAGGUCUUUGGUUAUUUGGGUUUUCUCCCACGUAAAAUUGGAAGUGUCUUGGCGACGUUUCGACGAAGUCUCAUUCGUCAUCUUCAGGCUUCAGCUUUGUGUGCCUCUGGGAGCAAUGUGUGAUCGCAGCUGUUUCUUCCUUUUAACUGCUAGAGGGGGUUUGAACUGAUUGGGUGGGAGCUUGGCUGUGCUCUGAUUGGAUGAGGGUUUUUUUGUGCUCAGAUUGGCUGGGGGUGUGUCCUGUUUGGGUGGGGGCUUGGUUGUGCUCAGAUUAGUUUGAGUUGCAGGGGGAUUUAAUAACAAACAUUGACUUUCUUAAGAAAAAUACGGAGCUCAUCCUGAUAUGUUAAAAGACUUAGGAAUUAUAUAUAUGGCCAGGAAUAUAUUUAAGGUUCAUACUGUUGUGAAUAAAUUUUGUAACUUAAAUAUGCUCAAAUUUUUCCCCCUGGUGCAAAUUGAUUCUAUUGUGUAAGCAGAGGCGAUCUUAGAAAAGGUUACAAUCCUGACCGGGGGGGGAAAAAAUCUGAUUUCUACGUUUCUGAAAGUGUGAAAUGUUUUCCAUUAAAUAUAUCAGAAAGUUAAGAUAGGUAUUAUUGUACUUAUUAGGACAAUAUGAUCUAUUCUAGUCCCUCUUGCAUACAUGAAUUCUUAUAUGGUCGUAUCUAUGCAGAUUUUUGAGGCGUGGUGGCGCAGUGGUUGGAAUGCAGUAUUGCAGGCAAACUCUGCCCACAGUCAAGAGUUCGAUCCUAACUGACUCUAGGUUGACUCAGCCUUCUGUCCUUCCCAGGUUGGUAAAAUGAGGAACCAGAUUAUUGGGGAUAAUAGGCUGACUCUGUAAACUGCUUAGAGAGGGAUGUAAAGCACUGUGAAGCAGUAUAUAAGUCUAUGUGCUAUUGCUAAAUAUAUAUUUACGAAUUGUAUAUAGUUUAUCUUUUAACUGGGUGACUGCUUCUAACAAAAUUAGAAGACAUAUAAAAUCAUUUUAAAAAUAUGGAACUCAACCAAUGAAAAGAUUAAAAGUGAUAAAAACCUGGCGCCCAUCAAUUCUAAUGUGUGAUCAUCUCACCUUCUUUUUAAAUGUAAAUCUGAUCAAUCUUUAAAAUCUAAUCUUUGAUAUCAAAUAAGAUUUCCAAGUCUUAUGGCAGCUGGGUGGGUGACGAUCUGCAAAACUUCACAGGCAAGACUGUGGGGGCACAGGGCAGGUGCUGCCAUGGAGAAUUAUAAAUCAAAUGUUGGAUCACAAAGAAUCGAGAUUUUCAUAUUUGUAGUAUUUUUAAAUGCCGUAUAGUAAUUUAGUAAAUAGAGAUUGCAGGAAUUGGGGAUGUCUAGUUUAAUGAAAAGAAGGACCAAGGGGGGUAUCAUAGCAGUCUUCCGGAAUUUGAGGGGCUGCCACAAAGAAGAGGAGGGGGUCAACCUAUUCUCCAAAGCACCUGAAGGCAGGACAAGAAGCAACGGAUGGAAACUAUUCAAGGAGAGAAGCAACCUUGAAAUGAGAAAUUUCCUGACAAUAAGGACAGUCAACCUGUGGAACUGCCUGCCACCAGAAGUUGUGGGUGCUCCAACACUGGAGGUUUUUAGGAAGAGACUGGACAGCCAUGUGAUUGGGAUAGUAUAGAAUCUGCUGCUUGAGCAAAGGGUUGGACUAGAAGACCUCCAAGGCCCCUUCCAACUCUGUUCUUCUGUUAUUUUGAAAUGUGUUCAUAAAUGGUGGAGCUGUUUUGCAAGGGGGAGAAAUUGUUACUUUUGAAAUACGUUUAUCGGUCUUCAAUCGGGGGGAGACAAUCGAAGUGUAUCUUCGUUACUUUGUCUUUAUGCUGUUUUCUGAUUUUGUAUUUUUUUAAAUCUUUUUUUCUGCUUUCUUCUUUUGGAUUUUGUAUUUUAACUUUGGGAAAUAAAAUUUUAAAAAAAU